UUAUUCUAUAUAAACACUGCCUUGCAACCGUAACUAACACUCUCCUCACCGCUGUGCGUGUAAAGUAACAUGAAGUUUCUAUUAGAAUUAGUCACAUGUUAUGGUUCUUCGUCUACUGACUCGGAAGUUCGGCAGCCAGCGGAGGAAUCCAGAUCACUGGUGGCAUCAGGAGCUCGGCGCCGCGUCGGAGGGAAGCGGGGGAAGGUGGUUGGUGUGAAGUCCGCUGGUGAGUGGAGUCCAACUUUGUCGUCAAUCUCGGAAAACAAUUUCUUAAGUGAGAGGAAUAAUCAACCGCGGCCACAUGUUGUAGGGUUCAAUAAAAACCUCAAGAGAAAAGUCGGAUCCAAAUAUCAGGACCCUUCAUAUUGUGAUGAUAGCAGGCGAGCUUCGAUUUCAGCAACCGUGCCUGCAUUCUCUCCGACAGCUUUUCUGUUUUGAUUGGUCAAUCCUCCUCUGGUUUUCUAUACCUAGAUCCAAGCCUACGAAUAAAUUUUGUACAUGUUGUAUCUAUAUAUAAAAAUUUAUAUAUUGAUGAAUAAAUAUAAGACUGCUGCAACUA